AUGGCAACGCCGCAGACUCCAAAUUCAAAUCCGUCUAGGGUUAUACCUUUAACAUGUUCUGGACACACUCGUCCUGUCGUGCAUUUACAAUUCUCGCCUAUCUCUGAUGGCACUUAUUAUUUAAUAAGUGCUUGUAAAGAUGGUAACCCUAUGCUUAGAGAUGGUCCUACAGGAGAUUGGAUAGGCACUUUUAUGGGUCAUAAAGGUGCUGUAUGGAGUGCUAAAUUGAGCAAGGAUGCCUCUAAAGCUGUUACAGCCUCUGCUGAUUUUACUGCAAAAGUAUGGGACACUUAUACCGGUGACGUGCUUUAUUCUUUCUCCCAUGGACACAUUGUACGUUCAGCUGACAUUUCGGAGGACGGAACGCGCAUUAUCUCUGGUGGUCAAGAAAAGAAAUUAAGAAUAUUUGAUCUAAAUAAACCAGAUACUGCAACCGUGGAAGCAGAAGGACACGAAUCAACUAUUAAAAGCGUUAUUUGGGAUGGUGACAGAAAUGUUGUAUUGAGUGCUGGUGAUGACAAAGAGAUUCGCGUCUGGGACCUUCGCAGCUUUGGUCAAAUUAACACUUUUAAAACUGAUCAACCUAUUACAAGUAUGGAGCUUUCAGCAGACGGAAAAUAUAUUACGAGUACAGCUGGCAAGGUUGUUUACUUUUUGGAUGCUUCAACUUACCAAGUUUUUAAAUCAAUCCAAACAGCAUAUGAUGUUUCCUCAGUAUCCUUACAUCCUGAUAAUAAAAGAUUUGUAGCUGGCGGAAGUAGCGAUUUAUGUGUGAGAAUAUAUGAUUUUGAGAGUGGUAAAGAACUCGGUUUGUAUUAA